AUGGCGAAUGGGUACCAAAUCCACAACCAGUUUGUUGUGAAAGGAUCGAUCGAUUCUAUGACAGAGACAAAGCAAGCAUGCACAGGCGACAUGAUCGAAGCACUCAUAAACGAGAGGACGGCAAAAGACAAACUGCACCUGUCAUGGGUUAUGAAGGAACACAACGUUAUCAAAUCGGCAAGCAUCAAGAGAGACGAGGAUGCAGGUAUGUGGAGGAUCAUCCGAAAGACUGCAGGAGAGGGCGCAAUAGAAGAAGUGGUAUUCACGAUGACCGGUGCAAUAUACGCGAUGGAUCUACCACCCGUCACAAAGGAAACAAGUCAUGGUCAGGAUGCAAAAAGAGAAAGUGAGAUUCCUAAGCCAAAUGAGUCUGCAAAUGAUGGGAGAGAGUUCAGGGAGGGCGAGAUGGAAGAAUGGAAGCCAACGAAGGUAAAGAAUCUGGACGUGGUGGAGCUGUCGAACCGAUACUUCAGACCUCGGAACAACUCGAAUGAGGAGGACAUACCCUUUUCGCCUGACGUUGACCUGAUGGGAAUCCUAGUCAAGAUAGCACAAUGA